AUGACACGUUGCGCGUCACCCACCGGCGCGGUCGCGUUCUGCUACGACUUCCCCGUCGCCUCCACCUCCUCCUCCCACUCGUCCUCCUCCCGCCUGCCCCGCCCACGUGCCCACUCCCCCCGGCCCCGGCGGCGCCCGACGCCGUCCCCGAUGCGCGCCUUCGACAGCGACGACGACGACGACGACGAGCACACACAGUACGCCUCCCACCCGCUGCCCACGCCCACGGGCAACCAGUGGACGCGCGGGCCCUCCCCGACGCACCUCUCCCCGUUCUACCCGCCCUACCCGCCCGCCCUCGCGCUGCCCAGCUCGUACGAGUCCGAGCGCAGCGUGCUCUCCGCGAAGGGGCACGUGCACUGCGCCGUCGCCAACAAGAUCCGCAAGGCGCGGCGCUCCGUCGACGAGGCCGUCCCGCACCUCUCCCCGCCGCCGCUCGCCUACUCGUCGUCGUCCUCGGGCUCCGGCUCGAGCGCGCCGAGCUCGCCGUACUCGCUGCCCAGCGACGACUUUUCGGGGGACGAGCACGACGCGGAGGACGACGGCGUGUUUGGCUCGCCGGAGAUGGACGCGGCGGAGUUGCCUCAGGCGGAAAGCCACCACCACACCGAUGCGAGCAUGGCGAUCAAGAGGCGCUGGGCGGCGCUCAGCCUCAGCGUGCGCUUCGGCGUGUUCCGGGCGAAGCGGAAGAUGCGCGACAGGGUGCUGAGUCUGUGA